CCCUGACCAUCCCCCAGCUUUGAUUUCACUCUUAGUUUGGAAGAGGUUCUCAAGCCUUUGAUACCGGGUGCUUUGACAUUUAGUUGGUUUACAGGCAAAUGGAACUGAGAGUAAGAGCUUUCAUUCUCCCUGUUGAAAAUGAGGAAACAGAUGGCUCCCUCCUUUUUUUCUUAGAGCAUUUUCUUUAGAGAACUUGUGUCUAUAAACCCCUUCGCCUUUGAAAUGUACGCAAACCUCUGUAAAAGCUAAGGAAAGCGUUCGCCUGCUUUACCACCGGGACUCUUUCCUGGGAGCUCACUUUGAAAUGCCAUCAGCCGAAGAGAGAGCGGUCUCUCCGUGGGGGCUUCUCUCACUUGCAAAACUACCGACCCGACCGUCAUAAAGAGAAGCUUGUUUUUCCUUUGCACAAAGCCAAGGAACUAAUACGGACGGUCACCGAGUCACCAGAGUGUGAAAGACGACUCAAUGAAGAAGGUAGCCCUAAAAGAGUCACUCAAAAUACAGUCGGAAGGACAUUCAGGAAGCUGGGACUAGCACGGCCCCUGUUUCAAUUUUCAGAACACCGUGAACUUUUGACUUUUGUCAAUUGCAAUUCCACCUCCUCCUGGAACACUUCCUCCUACUGGGGACCGAAAUAGAGAUCAUGUAAUGCCUGUUAGCCAAGUAGCCAAUCGUGUAUUAGACAGUCAGUUUAAACUCUGCCAGCACCAAUCAUAAUUCUUUCAAAACAACUUAUGUAACCUUGUAUUUUUUUUUGCCUUUAUAAGCCUGCUCUCCUUGUUAGCAUUUCGGAGCACACUUUGUAUUUUGACUCUGGCUCUCCGGAUUGUAAGCCCUAAGACCCCAAAUAAACGCUUUGGGUUGCUUUACAGUCGUGUGGGCUUUUUGGCUGAAAAGAGUAAAAUGCAGGUCUGAGAAUUCCAACAUCCCACCCCUGUGGCUGUGCUGAGGGGUGAGGUUGACUGACCUCAAGUCCCAGAGGGGGACAGGAGAGGAGGCGGGGCCUCCUAGCGUGAAGAAAGGUCACAGGUCAAAACCCAAGGACCCUGGCUCUGCCCUUACUGUUGAGGAUCUUUGUUCUUUUUUAAUAUAUAUAUUUUAAAUGUUUGUUUAUUUUUGAGAGAGAGAGAGACAGAGCUUGAGCAGGGUAGGGAUAGAGAGUGGCACAGAAUCAGAAGCAGGCUCCAGGCUCCGAACUGUCAACACUGAGCCCGACAAGGUACUCGAACUCACGAACAGCCAGAUCAUGACCUGAGCCCAAGUCGGAGGUUGAAUCCACGGAGCCACCCAGGCGCCAGGAGGAUCUUUGUUCUUAAACAAAAGUCACAGAUCCUCUCUUGACCUCGCCCCCGCGCCAACCCUUGACCCUAGGGCUCACCGGCCCCUCCCGUCCGUCCCCUCCUGUCCAAGCUCCCGACAAGGGGCGCUCCGCAGGGAAACUGAGUCAGGAUCUCACGGUCCAGGAGGAAGACGCAGGCAGGAUGGGUGGCCGAGCUGCAGACGCCGGAGGUCCAACCGCAGGGAGCGGUCUCAGCUCUAAGCCCACGCUGGCCAGACACGUGUGUCCGAACGACCUGUCACUCAGGACGCAAGGGGCAGGGCCUGGGAGGAUUGUCCAAUCAGGGGGGGCAGGGGCGGUGCGGAGGCGCGGAGGCACUGUGGGUGGGCAACCGCAGGCCCGGUCUCUGAGGGGGCGGGGUCCGGAAGACGAACCAAUCAGGACGCAUGGUCCCGUAGCGCCGUCCAAUCAGGACGGGGGGCGGGCGCGCUCCAGAGGCGAGUCCCUCGCUGCCCUGCUGCCCUGCGUCGGAGCGCACCUGCCUCGCGCGGCGUCUAGCUCGGUCUCGCGGUCGGUGUCGUACAGCCGCUUGCCUGGACGCCGGGACAGUCCGGAGCGGGCUGCGAGAUGGCCUCUGUGGUCUUUGAGGAUGUGGCUGUGUACUUCACCCCGGAAGAGUGGGCUUUGUUGGAUCGAGGUCAGAGGAAGCUCUACAGAGAUGUGAUGCUGGAGACCUGCAGGAACCUGGCCGCAGUGGAUUGUUGCACUCAAGUUAAAACUUGUGGAUCAAGGACUCAGCUGAAUAUUUUGGAGAAUGAACUACCCAGUGAAGAGAAAAUAGUAAGAUUUACAAGAAAUGAUCCCUGGGCUCUUUUUCGAGAAAACCCGGUGUUUCAUAACAUUGGUGAUCAGUCCCAAUCCCAGGAGAGGCGUUUGAGAAGUCCUUUGGUGGAGAGUGUCUGUGAACGUAUUGAAGGAGAUCAAUGUGGAGAAACCCUGAACCCGAUUACAAGUCUUACUGUGCAUGAGGGGUAUCCCACUGGAGGCAAAUCCUGUGAAUGUGCUAAGUGUAGAGAAGCCUUCGCAGAUGGUUCCUUCCUUGAGAAACUGCGAAGAUCUCACCCAGGACUCAAACCUAGUCCUGGUGAGGAGUGUGGCCCAGCCUGCAGCUCUGUCUCGAGCCUCAGCACUCACGUGGACGCAGACCUUGUAGAGAAACCCUACGAAGGUCAGGACGCUGGGAGAGCAUCUGACACAUACGCGAAGAGUCUCAGUAGUAAAAUAUCUCUAGAGUGCAAGAAAUGUGGAAAAGCUUUCACUUGUACGUCUUCCUUUCAGGGUCAUGUGCGAGGUCCCUGUGGACAGAGUGUCCAUGUGUGUGACGUGUGUGGGAAAACCUUCUUGUAUCACUCCUACCUUACACGUCACGUGAGAACUCACACGGGGGAGAGACCCUAUGAAUGUAUGGAGUGUGGGAAAACCUACAGUUGCCUCUCAUAUUUUCGAGAACACAUGAGAUCACACACUGGAGAGAAACGCUAUGAAUGUAAGGAGUGUGGCAAGACAUUCAAGUACCCUGCAUCCCUGCAGGGACACCUGAUGACGCACACUGGAGAGAGACCUUAUCUGUGUCAGCAGUGUGGGAAAGCCUUCAGUUGUCCCAAAUACUUUCGAAGACACGUGAGAACGCACAGUGGGGUGAAGCCCUAUGAAUGUACGUUAUGCGAGAAAGCCUAUAGUUGUUCCUUAUCCCUCCGGGAGCACGUGAGGACGCACAGCGAAGAGAGGCCCUAUGAGUGUAAGGAGUGUGGGAAGGCUUUCAGACACCCCCGAUACUUCCAGAGGCACGUGAGGAUGCACAGUGGGGUGAAACCCUAUGUGUGUAAGGAGUGUGGGAAAGCGUACAGUAGUUCCACGUCGCUUCAGGAACACGUGAGGUCGCACACGGGGGAGAGACCCUUUGAAUGCCAGCAGUGUGGGAAAGCCUUCACGCGUCACUCCUCCCUCCAAGGUCACGUGAGAGCACACAGUUUGGAGAAACGUUACGAGUGUACGCAGUGCGGGAAGGCCUUCCGUUGGUCCUCGUCCUUGCAGAAGCACGUGAGAACGCACCGUGAAGAGAAGCCCUACGAGUGCCAGCAGUGCGGCAAAGCCUUCUGGUAUCCCGCGAACCUGCGGGCGCACGUCAAGACCCACACGGAGGAGAGACCUUACGAGUGUCCGCACUGUGGGAAAGCCUUCAGUUGUCACUCCUCCCUGCAAGUACAUGCGAGAAAGCACAACGGAGUGAAACCCUACGAGUGUAAGGAGUGUGGGAAGGCCUUCUGGUAUCCCGUGAACCUGCGCGCUCAUGUGAGGACGCACACGGGAGAGAGACCUUACGAGUGCCAGCAGUGUGGCAAGGCCUACAGGUGUCCCGCAAACCUGCGGGUCCACGUGAGGACGCACACGGGGGAGAGACCCUACGAAUGCCAGCAGUGCGGGAAGGCCUUCAGGUAUCCCGCAAACCUGCGGGCGCACGUGAGGACACACACCGGGGAGAGACCCUACGAAUGUCCGCACUGUGGGAAGGCCUUCAGGUACCCCACAAACCUGCGGGCACAUGUGAAGAUGCACACCGGGGAGAAACCCUGAAUACACAAUCACGCUGUUUUCCCUCAUAUCUUAUUGUAAGUCCAGUCAGACACACGGGCAAGAAACGUGAUGUAUGAGUGUAAAGAAUGUUGGAGAACCUUCAGGCAUAGCACCUCAUUUAUUUUGUACAUAAAACGUCAGGGCUGGACGGCAGUUUUUGUUAUAAAUUUUCUUGUGCCUCAGAAGUGCCUCAUCUGUAAUAGGGAUCUCUGUUGUAUUUAUUUCCACUGCAUGCUGCUGAUAUGAACACCCAAGAUAAAACAUUCCUGAACAUCCCCAGUUUCUGUAUGAAAUAUAUUUUGCUAUCUCAGACAUGAAAAGACUGUACAGUUCUAUAAAAUGUGUCUCAUUUCCACGAA